AUGGAAAAUGACGUCAAGGUGGAGGAGAAAGUGGAGGAAGCUCACCGCCUUCUUCCUCCCCAGUCUCUUCCCUCGAAUUCCGACGACGAAGAAUCCGAAUUCGAAUCCGAGGCCGCCUUCGAAUCCGGAGAUAAGAUCGUGAUCGUCGAUUUCGAAUCCGCCGACGACGAUUCCGCCGCACCACCUCCUUUCUCGUGGCGGAAACUAUGGCUGUUCACAGGUCCAGGUUUCCUUAUGAGCAUAGCGUUCUUAGAUCCGGGGAACCUAGAAGGAGAUCUGCAAGCUGGUGCCAUCGCUGGCUAUUCUCUGCUCUGGCUCUUGAUGUGGGCCACAGCCAUGGGGUUGCUGAUCCAGAUGCUCUCCGCUAGAGUCGGUGUCGCCACCGGUAGACAUCUUGCUGAGCUGUGCCGCGACGAGUAUCCCACUUGGGCGAGGUAUGUGCUUUGGUCUAUGGCGGAGAUUGCUCUCAUCGGAGCUGAUAUUCAAGAGGUUAUCGGCAGUGCUAUUGCCAUUCAGAUUCUUAGCCGUGGCGUCUUGCCGCUUUGGGCUGGUGUUGUCAUUACGGCCUCGGAUUGUUUUUUAUUUUUGUUUCUAGAGAAUUAUGGUGUGAGGAAGUUAGAAGCUGUGUUUGCAGUUUUGAUUGCAACUAUGGGUUUGUCUUUUGCUUGGAUGUUUGGUGAAACCAAGCCUAGUGGAAAAGAACUUAUGAUAGGUAUUUUACUCCCAAGACUUAGCUCAAAGACAAUUAGGCAAGCUGUAGGUGUUGUUGGAUGUGUCAUAAUGCCUCACAACGUGUUUUUGCAUUCGGCUCUUGUACAGUCGCGGAAAAUAGACCCAAAGAGGAAAUCAAGGGUUCAAGAGGCGCUGAACUACUAUUUGAUCGAGUCUUCUGUUGCACUUUUCAUCUCUUUCAUGAUUAACUUGUUUGUGACUACUGUCUUUGCAAAAGGUUUUUACGGAACCGAGAAAGCUAAUAACAUUGGGUUAGUUAAUGCUGGCCAGUAUCUUCAAGAGAAGUUUGGAGGUGGGCUUCUUCCUAUUCUAUAUAUCUGGGGAAUUGGAUUGUUAGCAGCCGGACAGAGCAGUACGAUAACUGGUACAUAUGCUGGACAGUUUAUAAUGGGAGGGUUUCUGAACCUCCGGCUUAAGAAAUGGAUGAGGGCAGUGAUAACGAGAAGCUGUGCUAUUGUGCCGACCAUGAUUGUAGCAAUCGUAUUCAACACUUCUGAAGCUUCCUUGGAUGUUUUGAAUGAAUGGCUUAAUGUGCUUCAGUCUGUACAGAUUCCUUUCGCUCUUCUCCCUCUUCUAACGUUGGUAUCCAAAGAAGAAGUUAUGGGAGACUUCAAGAUUGGCCCUGUUCUCCAGAGAAUAGCAUGGACAGUGGCUGCACUUGUAAUGAUCAUCAAUGGGUAUCUUCUGUUGGAUUUCUUUGUAUCAGAAGUUGAUGGGUUUAUGUUUGGAGUUACGGUCUGCGUCUGGACAACCGCCUAUGUUGCCUUUAUAGUUUAUCUCAUUUCUCACAGCAAUUUUCUUCCUUCUCCUUGGUCUUCUUCCUCUUCCAUAGAACUUCCCAAAAGAGUGACAGUCUCUGAUAGUUAG